UAUAAGGACUUGGGAUACAUCAGGUUGGGUGUAUUUGGUGAACUUUUUCAUAGUGAUCUGGAGGUUGAAAUGGUCGUAGGUCACUCUGUAGAGAAGAACUUGGUACACGGUGAUAUGAGGGCACUUCCAGAAUCAUCCCCGCGGGAAACACAACAGUACUUCUAUUACGAUGAAGCAGACGGCAUCGGUUUACAGACAAUAUCCGGAUCCGCCGUACAGACGAUCAGCACAGCCCCGGUUGGUACCCAGCCCCUGUCACAGUAUUGCGCCAUCUGCCGGGAUCGCGCCACCGGGAAACACUAUGGGGCCGCCAGUUGCGAUGGAUGCAAGGGCUUCUUCCGACGCAGCGUGCGUAAAAACCACGCGUACACGUGUCGGUUCCAGCGUCAAUGUGUGGUUGAUAAAGACAAGCGGAACCAGUGCCGCUACUGCCGCCUUAAGAAGUGUUUCCGCGCGGGCAUGAAGAAAGAAGCCGUUCAGAACGAGCGUGAUCGUAUCAGCGUGCGUCGCACGAGUUAUGACGACAUGGGCCACCAGGGGGCGCUUUCUGUCAGCACGCUUCUUAAUGCCGAGCUGCUCUCACGACAGACGAUGGCGCCUGUUACAUGUAACGGUGACGAGUUGCUACAUAAGCGCGUGGCGACAGCAGACGACAUUUGCGACUCUAUGAAACAACAGCUCCUUAUCUUGGUCGAGUGGGCCAAAUACAUACCAUGCUUCUGCGAACUGCCCCUAGACGACCAGGUUGCCCUGUUGAGAGCACAUGCAGGCGAGCACCUUCUUCUUGGGGUCGCUAAACGCUCUCUCAGUAACUCCGACACACUGCUACUAGGAAAUGACGUCAUCAUCCCGCGGACGACGUCGGACCCGGAAAUCGGGCGGGUAGCGGCUCGCGUGUUGGACGAGCUUGUGCGGCCGAUGAGGGAAGUCCAGAUUGACGAAUCUGAGUUCUCCUGCCUUAAGGCUGUCGUCUUCUUUGACCCUGAUGCUAAGGGCCUGAGCGAACCGGCUCGGAUCAAGGCGUUCCGCUACCAGGUACAGGUGAACUUGGAAGAUUACAUUAGCGAUAGACAGUACGACUCCCGUGGACGCUUUGGGGAGAUCCUUUUGCUACUUCCAGCGCUCCAGUCCAUAACGUGGCAGAUGAUCGAGCAGAUCCAGUUCGCCAAGAUGUUUGGGGUCGCCCACGUUGACAGCCUGCUGCAGGAGAUGCUCCUUGGGGGUGCCACAAACAACAGUGCCGCCGCUUCCGGUCAAAGCGCGUCGGCUACUUCCGGUGGUACAUGCUCGACGCAGGUAGAUGCAGCCCAAAGCUCCCUCCCUAUGUCCCCUUCCUCCAUGAUCCUCAACUACCGCGACCUUCAAGGGUCGGAAGACGAGGACAACAUGACCUUCACCGGGUCACUGAACGCCGGGGUCAUGUCGUUAGGGACACAGUCGCCGCCCAUGUCUGGAGUUACGUUCAGCUCCGCUCCUUAUAUACCGGAUAUACAGCUAGAAAACUCCCCCCAGCACACCGUGUCCCCCGCGGACCCCAACCUGAAUAUGGGCCCUCUAGGAAGUCCCUCGUGUUUCAACGGUCACGUGAUCAAUACUACCGGAAGUUUCAACUCGUCACCGGUGCAUGCGCACGAGCCAUUUAACUUAACGUCUACCGCGAAGUUUAAGCAAGAAAUAAUCUGAAGAUUUGAUCAAACUUUAACUAGAUCGAAAAUGAUAUAUUUCAUGAGAGGUGUUAAGUAUACAUGUACAUAGUUUCUCGGCCAUCGAAUAUUGCCACUUUGAUCAAAUUUGCCUUUGAUAAUUUCCAGUAUAUCAAAUAGUUCGUCGGAAUUUGUUUGGCUACACGUUUCUGUUGGAUGAUUUGUAAGGGUUUUUUAUGAUGCCAUACGUUGCCAAAACUUCUAUUCAGGGUAAAUGUAGCCAAGUCACACCACAACAGACAAAAUCAUUGUAUACUCACAUGCAUUCCAUGUUGAUACUGUGAUAAUAAAUACAUGUUCAUAUUUUAUGUAUAUAUGUCAUUAAGUAUACGAUUUUAUGGCUAUGUUUUGUUUACUGAUUGUAAUAUCCAAGUGUAAGGAGCUUAAAUGUAAUAUUGUAAUUACAUGAGUUACGUUGGUGUACAAUCGUACAACAAUAUCCCGGGUGCACGGGAGUGUCAGGGGCGUAGCUUUAUAUAGGCCAUGCAGGCCGCAACGAACACUUUUCCCCGAAAAAAAGUCGUUAUGAAUCAUUACAUUAAUUAUUGACAACUGUCUUCUCUAUUUGUAAGACAAAUAUUGAUUAAUGUAAAAAAUGGGGAUAUUCAUGUUCUUCUUAACAUAUGUACCGGACAAAAACUAAGCAAACACACACUUCCCCAAAUCCAGCAGAAAAAAAAAUCCGACAUCCCUAGAACAGCACGUUCAGUGAAGCCGCGUCCCUGGUUGUUGCACAUUUAUAAAUAGAUAUCGUUGUUGACUAUGCAAAGUAGAAAUAUUGAACUACUUUUUGUGAAUAUUUACUUUUUAAUAGUUUACGAAAUAACCCAUACCACCUUGAAUGUAUGCUGUACCGUUGUUGGGACACUUGCCAGUGAUAUUGUUAAGUUUUGUUGUUUCGCUGUUUCAUCGCAGCGCAUUCACUGAAAGCGGGGAACCAAACUACAAAAUGUUAGACUGGACACAGGGACUAAUAUGAGUGAUGUCGAGGUUGAUAGUCACUCACGUGUUGUAAAUGUCAUAGAUGACUAAAUUGCUUGAUAUUGACAUAGAUCUCUAUAUACCGGGGUUUCCGGUUUCUGGGAUUGCGUUAACUGUUGACUGAUCUCUUUCAAUUCAUGUAUAUGUAUUACAGAAUAAAUUUACUUUACCA